CAUGAUAUAAUGUUUGUCUACGGUUGUGAUCAGCAUGCGAAAUAUUUGAUUAACUAAUCGACUGCGACUUAAUUAAGCGACAUUACAAUUGCAUAGACUCUGAUUAUAUUAAGAUCAUUAUCUAUUAAUACUUUACAUUACUUUGUCUCUUUAAUUAAUACAUCCUUUUUGCCCUCAUAAUCAGUCAUAGUACAGUCUAUAUAUUUUUAAGUUCAUGAUGACAAUCUAUUUGUAACAAAACUUGACACUACUGUAAUUCGUUACACAUAUAAUACGCAUGUGCCUGACGUCGAUUUCAUUACAAAAACUGACAAUUUACAUAAUACAAUUGUACGUGCACUUAUAAAAUAAAAUUCGAACGACUGCAAUAGUGAGACAAAAUGAUUUUUACAAGAAUGAGGUCAUCUUUGUUACAUCGACAAAUGUAUGAUGGGUGUUUCAAACAGAAACGAUUAUUGAGAGACCUAAUAAAUAAAGAUACAAACAAAUUUGAUGUGAUUGUUGUUGGUGGUGGUCAUGCUGGGACCGAAGCGUCUACUGCUGCUGUUAGAAUGGGUGCGAAGACACUGUUGGUUACCCAGAAAAAAAGUACUAUAGGGGAAAUGUCAUGUAAUCCGUCCUUUGGUGGAAUCGGAAAGGGCCAUCUGAUGAGAGAAGUGGAUGCUUUAGAUGGAGUAUGUUGUCGGAUAUGCGAUAUUUCAGGAGUACAUUAUAAGGUUUUGAACAAGAGGAAAGGGCCGGCGGUAUGGGGUCUCAGAGCUCAAAUUGACAGAACAUUAUAUAAGAAACAUCUUCAGGCAGAGCUUUUCAAUAUGCCUGGAUUACAUAUUUAUGAAUCCUCUGUAGAAGAUUUGAUUUUGGAAAACGAUUCUCUAUCUUGCCAUGGAGUAAUUCUCAGAGAUGGAACAGAGAUAUUUGGUGAUGCUGUAGUUAUAACUACAGGAACUUUUUUGAAAGGCCAAAUAAACAUCGGAUUAGAGAAAAGGCCUGCAGGUAGAUUGAACGAUGAACCUAGUAUUGGUUUAGCAAAUACACUUGACAAACUUGGGUUUCGAAUAGGAAGAUUGAAAACUGGAACGCCGCCGAGAUUGGAGAAAGAAAGCAUCGAUUUUACCAAAUGUAUGAAAUCUUUGCCGGACAAAUCUCCUAUGCCAUUCUCGUUUAUGAACGAUAACGUAUGGCUACCGCCUGAGGAGCAAUUAUUGACGUAUCUAACAUACACAAAUGAAGAUGUAGCAAAGAUCAUAAAAGAUAAUAUGCACUGUAAUUUACAUGUCACAGAAGAGAUAUCGGGUCCGCGAUAUUGCCCGAGUAUAGAAAGUAAAAUUUUGCGAUUUAAAACGUCACAACAUCAGAUUUGGCUAGAACCGGAAGGCCUUGACUCGCCAUUGAUUUAUCCUAGUGGAUUAUCGUGCACUCUACCAGAAGAGAAACAAAUAGAGCUUGUUAAAUGUAUUCCAGGAUUGGAAAACGCUCGUUUAGUGAAACCUGGUUACGGUGUCGAAUACGACUAUAUAGAUCCCAGAGAAUUGACUAGUCAAUUGGAGACCAAAAAGAUUCCUGGACUAUUCCUUGCCGGACAAAUAAACGGUACCACUGGUUACGAAGAGGCAGCUGCACAAGGUAUUGUUGCGGGAGUUAACGCGGCUGCUAAGGUAUUUGAGAAACCACCGCUUUUGAUAAGUCGAACUGAAGGUUACAUUGGUGUCCUCAUUGAUGAUUUAACUACAGAAGGUACCACGGAACCGUACAGAAUGUUCACCAGUAGAUCAGAGUUUCGGCUGAGAUUGCGUCCCGAUAACGCUGAUCAGAGAUUGACGGAGAAAGGUUAUGCGAUAGGCUGUGUUUCUCGCGAGAGGCUCGACAAAACGAGAAAAAUGUUUAAUAAAAUGCAGGAAGCUAUACAAAUACUCAAAAAUGACAUACGGUCGAAUUCGAAAUGGCGGAAAUUAUUAAAAAUAAAGAGCUCGAAAGCCACUGGGCCCAAAUCAGCAUUUGAUAUGCUGUCUAUAACAACCGAGGAAAUCACGUUUGCGCAGUUAGCGAAAUUGUUGCCGAAUUUAGCACAUUUGGAUGGAGAUCUCAAUCUAGCAAGAAGAAUAGAGAUAGAGACAAAAUAUGUUCAUUUUGUUGCGGAACAACAGGAUCAAGUGGACGAUCUCAGGAGAAACGAGCGCAUGAUUAUACCCGAUGAUAUCGACUAUGAUAGUCCUGAUUUAAAUUUAUCGAAUGAAGAUCGAGAGAAACUUGCAAAAUAUCUUCCACGCACGAUUGCAGCGGCAAAUAAAAUUUCUGGUGUGACACCUACGGCUAUAUUGCGGCUACUUUAUUAUAUUAGACAUUACUCCAAGGAGAAUGUGCAAGAACAUAGAAAUAUAUUAUAAAAGUAAAAGAUAAUAAAUAAUUUAAUUCCUUUCA